AUGGCAUCCCCUGCUUCCUCAUCCGGAAGUGGCGGCUCAUCCGCUUGGACCAUCCAACAAUCACUUGACGAGCCGCGUCAAUUAAUUUUGGCAUUGUUGCCAAAAUUUAAAUCGAAUUCGGAUGUCACACAUAUCUUGUCCCUUAAGGCCCAAAUGGAUGCAAUAUCUGAGGAGACCAAAAAAAAGUUGAACGCAAGCAUGGAAAACAUUGCUGACUCUGUGCGUCCGCCUAAUCUGACGCAUGAGAAACACUUGGAGCGUCUGGCUUCUCUUGAAUCCGGGAAAUUUGCCUUGGCCAAGCAAAUAAGGGAUGCCGAGAUUGCGAUUGAGUAUCUUUUACGCCUUGCUCAACAGGAGCUACACAAUUUGAAAAAAGAAAACAUGGAGCCCGUGGAGCUAUCUGAAUUUGAGUAUUGCGAAAGUUUUGGUUAUCUUUAG